AAACAAUCUCAGUGUUCUUUUCUGACGUUAUCUUCGUAAAAAGAAGUGGUAUCUAUACUUUAACAGGAUUUUUGAAAAACAGUUUAUAAUAAUGAAUCUUAUUCUAGCUGUUAAACUUUAUAUAACUAAAAUGGCUGAAGAGAGUGGACCAGGAAUGAAAGUAUUAUUGAUGGACAAACAAACGACUAGUAUUGUGAGUAUGGUUUAUACACAAUCUGAAAUUCUACAGAAGGAAGUUUAUUUAUUUGAAAGAUUAGAUUCAAAAAGUUCUGAUGAACCAAUGAAACAUUUAAAAUGCAUUGUUUUUAUAAGACCAUCCAAGGAAAAUGUUAGCCUUCUUGCAAAUGAACUACGGAACCCAAGAUAUGGAAUGUAUUAUAUAUACUUUACAUACAUUAUCCCUAAAGAAGAUAUUAAAACGCUUGCUGAAUGUGAUGAAAUUGAAGUUGUGAGAGAAGUUCAAGAAUUUUACGGAGAUUACUUGGCAAUAAGUCCUCACCUAUUUUCUCUAAACAUUGUCGGAUGUGGAUCUUAUGCCAAUAAAUUAGUAUGGGACCCAAUACAUCUGAUGAGAACAGUACAAGGAAUAAUUGGAGUAUUACUUUCUCUAAAGAAAUCUCCACUUAUUCGAUACGAAGAGUCAUCCGAUAUGUGUAAACGUUUAGCUGACAAAGUUUGGGAAGUAAUGUCAAAGGAAGAAAAGCUGUUUAAUCAUCGCCAGCCAGAAGGUACUCCUUUAUUGUUGAUCCUUGAUCGCAGAAGCGAUUGCUUUACUCCACUGCUUACCCAAUGGACUUAUCAGGCGAUGGUACAUGAAUUAUUGGGUAUAUCGAAUAAUAGAGUCAAUCUGAGUCACGUUCCUGAUAUUUCUAAGGAGCUUAAUGAAGUUGUACUUUCUUCAGAACAUGAUGAGUUCUAUGCUGAUAAUAUGUAUUUAAACUAUGGAGAAAUUGGUCAAACUAUGAAAGGUCUGAUGGAGGAAUUUCAAAAAAAAGCCAAAAGCCAUCAGAAAGUGGAAAGUAUUGGAGAUAUGAAACAGUUCAUUGAAAAUUAUCCGCAUUUUAAGAAAAUGUCCGGGACUGUUGCGAAGCAUGUAAAUAUCAUCGGUGAGUUGGCAUCAACAGUUUCUAAAAGGAAUUUACUGGAAAUAUCUGAAGUCGAGCAGGAAAUAGCAUGCCAGGAUCAACAUUAUCAGCAUUUACAGCGUGUCAGAGCAUUAGUGCAAAAAGUAAGCAACAAUGAUGCUGUUAGGUUGGUCAUGCUUUACGCCCUCAAGUAUCAGGAUCACAGUAAUAGCGACAUUACAGGGCUUGUUGAUGCAUUGAAGAAAAAAGGUGUUCCUAAUCAAAGUUACGAAAUGGUCUAUCGUGUGUUGGAAUAUGGUUUAAGGCAAAGUGAAGCAACUAACUCAAACAUGGUUACUCAAAAAGCAGUCGUAAAAAUAACCAAAAGGAUAUUUAAGGAUUUGAAAGGGGUCGAGAAUGUUUAUACACAGCAUAGUCCUAUUCUGAAAGAUAUCUUGGAAGACUUGCUUAAAGGAAGGCUCAGAGAAAGUAACUAUCCGUUCCUCGUAGCAUCAGAUGGUAAUUCAUCCAUGAGCAGAAGGGGUCAAGACAUAAUCGUGUUCAUUGUUGGAGGCACUACUUAUGAAGAAUCGUUGACAGUUCAUAUGCUCAACAAGAACUAUCCAGGUUUCAGACUGGUAUUAGGUGGAACGACUGUUCACAACACUGCAUCUUUCUUUGAAGAGCUUAACGUAUGCACUCAAGGAAUGCACUUAAGGCCUCAAAGGUACAAAUAGCACUAAGGUGUUGUGUACCUGGAAACUGGAUAUUAUGAAAAUUUUUACUUAUCUAUCAUAUUUAUUCCUCUUUGUCAAAAGUCAUAUGCUUUUAUGUUAAUAUAUUGACUACACUGUAGAAACUUGGCAGAAAGGUGUCAAAAUUUGGUGAAAGAUUAGUCAUAAGAUAUUAAUUGUAUUCUUAUAAUAAUUAUUAUUAUGCCUCGAACUGUUAAACAUUAGUCUAGUCAGUUUUGAAAUUUUAUUUGUUACAAAAUAUCUUUUGAUAUUUUGCCAUUGAGAAAUAAAUAUCUGGUAUGAGGAACUUAUUAAGAAUAGCAAAUUUUGUUGGUAUUCAUUCGAGUAUUGACUACAGAUAUGUAUUCAUUAUAUGUUUUGAUAUCUUCAGAAGUCAUAUAACUUUUUGUAAUCCAUUGGUGAUUUAUCACAGAGACCUCUUAACAUGAAUGAGUUACGUAAAUGAGACUGCCUAAAUAUGCUUAUAAAGCAUAAUAAUCUAUAAUGUCUGAAUUAUUAUUGAUAUUCGUUUAAAAUUGUGAAAAGAUAAUGGAAAGUGUUCUUUUUUAAUUCAC